CAGAGCUCACAAAUUCGACCAAAAUUCUCAGUACAUGUAAACGGUUGUUGGGUGAGCCUUUGCGCACCUCGGAAAGCUCCUCUCCAACGUGCAACAUAUUUCAGAAGGUUGGUGGGCGCUCGUCUGUGAGUUGAGUCGAGUCGAGUCCUCAGUCAAGCUGCUACAGUAGCCAGCCAGCUCGGCGACAGCACAACAAUGCCAUAGUUGCUAUUGUAAUUGUGAACAAUGCCCAAAUCUGUUUUCACUGACUCCGUCAAGAAGACGGCGACACGGGGGAGGUCGGCAAAACCAUCACUGCUUCGAUUUUUGCUUGUUGGGACGGCUAGUCUUCUGACCAUUGCAAGGUCGUUCAAUGCUACAAAUGUGUCCUCGUGGAAAUGGCUUCCAGAUGGCCGGACUCUAAGCAUGCUUGACAUCGAGUCAUUGGCUUCGCCAACGUUCCCGCAGGCUAUUGAUAAGAGCAGCAAAAUCAAGAUCAUUGGGUUUGCAGACUCUCGGUAUCGUGAUAUCGCCAUGACUUGGUAUCAACGUCUUAGCAAUUUGGGUUAUAACGAACAUACAAUUAUCACAACAGAUCAAUUGGGAGCAGACUUUUUCGCACAUAACGUGUCCUCGUACCGCUUUGAGAAGAUGAUCGUAAAGAUAACGGAAGGGGAGUCGCAUAUGAGAGUUUCCGGCAAACUUCGACGAGAACGAGAGAGGAUGUUUGCUAUGCGCUGGCAUUACAUACUCUCGCAGUUGGAGCAAGGCAUCUCCGUGGUCUUGACCGACAUGGACAACAUCUUCAACAGGCACGUCAAUCUGUCCGAGUUCCUGGAAUACGAUGUCAUUCAUGCCUAUGAAAAGACGUAUCCCCAAAAUGUGUUUGAGAAGCAAGGUUUUGUGGUUUGUGGUGGAAUGAGCUUUAUCAAAUCCAGCCCUGCUGCAAUUCGCUUUGUCAAAUUGAUAGUGGACGGCUGUGGCACCUUUUGCGAUGAUCAGGUCGUUUUGAACAAUCUACUCCUGACACUGAACAUUACGUGGGACAACACGGACCAUUUACCACCUCCCGAGAACAGAACCAGUGAGAGCAUCUUGCCAAAGCAGUCAAUGACGGGUAUUGCGAGUGCUACAGGACAUACUGUCAAGGUCUGGAGUAGAGAUUUUGCUUUCCGCGGAGAUAUGUACCCCGAAGAGUGCCCAGUGGACAACUGGGUGUCCAUGCCCUGGCCUGUCCAACCAAGAGGGAUAUCUUGGACCAGACAGAAUAUUCAUGUAUACAAGCACAGAAUGUUCCAACAAUGGGAUGAUCAUUGUGGGCGAAUCAGUAAUCAAACAGCAACUGACAAACCAAUGACGCCAACUGCCCUCAGUGGCUAGCAACAUGGCGGCAAGGGUGCCUAAAGUUGCUACAAACUAAAUCAAAGCGUAUUGUGGCGUUGUUGGGUCCACUUGGUAUUCUCUCGUUCGUUAGAACAGUGUUACAGUACAGGUACCUCGUACGUGAUGUACUUCUCCACCUCGGUUAAAACGACUAACCUCCCCGGCUUCUGAGAGUCAAAAAGAGGAUAGCAGCCUGGAUGAUUGACUCCCAAGUCCUCAAGAUUCUUGCCAGCCAUGAGCUGGAUGCCAUUGGACAUCAAUACCAGAUGAUCUGGGGAUCUCUUGCAUUAACUAAUCACUCUUAUUUACGUGCAUAUAUCCGGCUUGAGGCAAAACGAAAUUACAAGACAUUAGUUCUAAAAAUGUUUCGAUAACUUUCGGUACUGGUUUUUUGUGGAGGUGAUUCCAGG